UUGCAGGGGUGCACGCGAAGGCAAGUUGGAGGUGCUCAACUUCAUUGUUCGCCUGUAUUAUGUUUUGAAGCGUUUACAUUUUGUUUCGGCAGGCGUGUUUUCGGAAGACUCUCGGGUUUGGUCGUCCACGUCUUUUGAAACGCAUCAAUAAUGGACCAACACAGCAAGCGGCUGACCACAAGAAAAUGACUUCAUUUUUAAAAGAAAGGCGAAAAAUACAAAGGAAUGUGGUCUCGCGGAGAGUGAAACCCUGUUAGCGGAGUCACCUUAGCACGGAAACAAGUCCUGAGUUCGAUUGCAAUUUCAGUUAACGUACCCAGCCAUUUCUCAUUUUAAUGAUAGCGUCUAAACUUGCAAGGACACUUGAGCUGUUUUAUCGUUUUGUUUGGAGCUGCGCUUGUCCUUUUUGAAAGACAAAUUGUGGCAAGAACUCAAAUCACGUUGACAAAGAGUAGCCUAUACCCGGUCGACAGUCGAGAGUGUUUUCCGCUGUUUCCUCGUCGUAUCCUAUUUCUGGAGUACUGGGAGGAUAUGGAAUAUUGGAACAGAAGAAAAAUAACAUAACCUAAAACUGCAGAUCAGGGACGGACAUUAGGCAGUCGAUGGUUAUUGGAAGCGAUUCUCCAUCAUAUAUGGACCUCGGACAUUUCGCCAUCUCACCGUGACCGUCAAUGAGUGCACUUCUUGAAUUCGCAAAAUAAAAUUGACUUUUGAUGCAGCGAUAUUUGAAGUUUGCAUUUUUGGGACAUAUUUCGACCCCACACUCCACCACUUUGACUUUAGGUUUGGAUGCAAAGUUCCGCGGUGUGUGAUUUAACGAACUAGGUCUGCAUUCAGACUCUGGUUUUCACCCAUUGUCCGUCACUGAUGGUGGCAAAAGCACAGUCCGUGGGUACACUGCCCAGCUGACCCAGUGUAUAAAAGACACGUUUUUUGUCGAUAAAAAACUGUGAAGUUUUUUUUGUUCCUUUGGCAGAAUAGGUUAAUUCUCACUUAAUUAUCUACCGCUAUGGAGCGCCUGUCCUCGACUCUUCUCGCUGCGAUUGGGAUUAUCCUGGUCGAGUUUCUCGGUCACUUGACUGCAGACGAAGAGAUCCUGAUGUACACCAAGACCGAGACCUCCGACCUCAAGUGGACCGUUUAUCCCCGCGUGAACCCCCAGUGGGAGGAGGUGAGCGGCCUGGACGAGGAGGGCACCAGCGUGCGGACCUAUCAGAUCUGCCCGACGGACAGCUCCGGCAGCCACUGGCUGCGCAGCAAGCUGAUCCAGCGGCGGGGGGCGUCGCAGGUGUACGUGGAGCUGCGCUUCACCAUGAUGGAGUGCUCCUCGCUGCCCGCCCACCACCGCACCUGCAAGGAGACCUUCAACCUGCUCUACUACCAGGCCGACUCGGACGAGGCCACGCCCACCCACCCGCCCUGGAUGGAGAACCCCUACGUCAAGGUGGACACGGUGGCGGCGGACUUCCUGCUGCGGAAGGGCGGGGAGAGGAAGUCCAACGUGAAGACGCUGCGGCUGGGCCCGCUGACCAUGCGGGGCUUCUACCUGGCCUUCCAGGCACAGGGGGCCUGCAUGGCCCUGCUGUCCGUGCGCGUCUUCUUCAAGAAGUGCCCCGCCCUGACGCGCUCCUUCUCCUCCUUCCCCGAGACGGUGCCGCGCACGCUGGUGCAGGACGCCCAGGGCGAGUGCGUGGCCCACGCCGCCCAGCGCUCCGCCAAGCCCGGCACGCCCCGCAUGUUCUGCGGAGAGGACGGUCAGUGGGUGGGCCAGCCCAGCACCUCCUGCGCCUGCCUUCCCGGCUAUGAGCCCGUCAUGGACACAGGCUGCAGGGAGUGUCCGGUUGGACAGUUCAAGUCCGGGCAGGGUGUGGGUCUGUGUGCCCAGUGUCCUGCGAACAGCCAGUCCAGCAGUGCUGGGUCCCCCAUCUGUGCCUGUCGCCCUGGAUACCUCAGAGCGGACACUGACACUGCUGAAAUGGCAUGCACAAAGCCCCCCUCGGCUCCGCGUAACGUGGUGACGCAGAUCAACGACACCUCGGUGACGCUGGAGUGGAGCGAGCCGCUGGACAGCGGGGGCCGGCGGGACCUGAGCUACGCGGUGCGCUGUCUGCGCUGCGUGGCCCCCGGGGGCCCCUGCUCCGCCUGCGGGGACAGCGUCAGCUACCGGCCCUCACAGACCGACCUGCUGACCCGGCGCGCCACCGUCUGGGGCCUGCUGCCCUACACCACCUACACCUUUUCCAUCCAGGCCCUCAACGGCGUGUCCCAGAACAGCGGCCGCGAGCCGGCCAGCGAGAGCGUCAACAUCACCACCAGCCGCGAUGUGCCGGUGCUGGUUUCAGAGAUCAGGGGGAGCCGGGCGACGGAGAGCAGCCUGACCCUGUCCUGGACACUCCCCUCCGAGCCGCACUACGCCAUCCUGCUGUACCAGCUCCGCUACUGCGAGAAGGUGGGGAGAGAGGGAAAGAAAGAGGAGAGGCGUGAUGAGGAGAACUCCUGCAGGUAUAAGGAGACUGUCAGUAACCAGGUGGUUCUCAGUGACCUGCGCAGGGCCACACAGUAUGAGGUACAGGUUCGCGCUCGUACCAUGGCGGGUUACGGCUCCUUCAGCAAGGCCUACACCUUCCGCACUGAGCCGAACGAAGACACGCCUGACUCCCAGCUGAUGGUCACCGGGGUUCUGGUUGCCAUGGGAACGCUGCUCCUCAUCACUGUCAUUGCCAUGGCGGUGUUCUGCAUACGCAAACACAGCCGUGUGAAGGACCCGGAGAUCAGCGAUAAGCACGGGCAGUACCUCAUGGGGCCGAGUGUCAAGGUGUACAUCGAUCCCUUCACCUAUGAAGACCCUAACGAGGCCGUGCGAGAGUUCGCCAAGGAGAUUGACGUUUCCUUCGUUAAGAUCGAGGAGGUCAUCGGAGCUGGAGAGUUCGGGGAGGUGUGCCGGGGUCGGCUCAAGAUCCCGGGAAAGAAGGAGAACUACGUGGCCAUAAAGACCCUGAAGGGUGGCUACACAGAGAAGCAGAGGCGGGACUUCCUGAGCGAGGCCAGCAUCAUGGGCCAGUUCCAGCACCCCAAUAUCAUCCACCUGGAGGGCAUCAUCACCGCCAGCUGCCCCGUCAUGAUCCUGACUGAGUACAUGGAGAACGGGGCGCUCGACUCCUUCCUCAGGCUGAAUGACGGGCAGUUCACUCCUAUCCAGCUGGUUGGCAUGCUGCGUGGUAUUGCCUCAGGGAUGAAGUACCUGUCGGAGAUGAGUUACGUGCACCGCGACCUGGCUGCCCGCAACAUCCUGGUCAACAGCAACCUGGUGUGCAAGGUGUCCGACUUUGGCCUGUCCCGCUUCCUGCAGGAGAACUCUGCUGACCCCACCUACACCAGCUCCCUGGGAGGUAAGAUCCCCAUCCGCUGGACCGCCCCGGAGGCCAUCGCCUUCCGCAAGUUUACCUCAGCGUCGGACGCCUGGAGCUAUGGCAUCGUCAUGUGGGAGGUCAUGUCUUUCGGAGAGAGACCCUACUGGGACAUGAGUAACCAGGAUGUGAUCAACGCCAUUGAACAGGACUACCGGCUCCCCCCGCCCCCGGACUGCCCCACCCUCCUGCACCAGCUCAUGCUGGACUGCUGGCAGAAGGAGCGCGCCGCCCGACCCCGCUUCGCCGCCAUCGUCAGCGCCCUCGACAAGCUGAUCCGCAACCCCGCCUCGCUGAAGAUCGUGGCCCGGGAUGGAGCAGGGCCCUCUCACCCCCUGCUGGACCAGCGAGGUGCCCCGCCCAUCUCCGCCUGUGGCUCUGUGGGAGAAUGGCUGAGAGCCAUCAAGAUGGAGCGCUACGAGGACAGCUUCAUCCAGGCCGGGUUCACCUCCUUCGACUUGGUUGCGCAGAUCUCCACAGAAGACCUGCUGCGUAUUGGCGUGACCCUGGCUGGACAUCAAAGGAAGAUUCUCCAGAGUAUCGAGGCCCUGAGGGAACAGACGGGGAGCCCCAUGACGGCGCGCUGUUAGCCUCGUCCCCUCCCCCUCCCGUCCCCCACGCUCCCCACAAACACACUGAGACGCACACACAAGGACCCCCAUCUCUGCUGUUAUUGCAGUGGCCCGCAGCCAGAAACUGCCAGAGCUGUGGGGGAGGAGUCGGUCCUUCAGACUGGAAAGUGACAUCACAGUGCCAUCCCAAUAAGCCAAUAAGCUGUGGCUAAUGGUUUUGCCAGAAUCCUUUGGGAUAUUUUUUUUUUUCGUUUCAAGACAACAUGAACUGUCUGUUUGACAGCAAUUGACUGUGCUGCCAACCACCAAGGAGUGGACAUGAAGGCAGUAGGAGUGGAUAAGCUGUGUGUUUGAUAUUUUCCUCAGUUUUAAUCCUUCAUGUGGAGAUGCCUCAGAACUCCUUCUCAUAAUCCGGCCUCUUUAUUUUUACUUUUGAUUUUUUGCUUUCAAGCUCCACAUCGUACUCUGACACAUGCAGAAACCUACGAGCACUUUGAGAUUUUAAGCAACAGAUUGAUGUUUUAAUGGGAUUUAAGUGAUUUUUGAGCGUCAUCAUUCUGCAACUGAGAGACGAGAGCAAGCAAAAGAGAUUUCUGUGCUCAUAGCACAGAGAUGACUUAAAAAGAGACCAUAAGAAUACUGUUGAAUCUUAUUUUUGUGUAAAUGGACUUUGAACAGGAAAGCCAUAUUAAGGACUUAUUAUCAUUAUGAUGGUUAUCAUUGGUAUUGGCAUCAUUGGUCAGGUGUUCUUUUACUCCACAGCAGUUUCCCUCACAAGCUACUCUUUGCCCCGGAAUUUGGAGUCUAAUGCUAGAUUUUACUAGGACACAUCGUACCCCAUGAUGGGUACCAUGGUGGCUGGAUCAACCCCCCACCCCACUUGCUGGGACCCCAGAGCGGCCAACUUCCAAAAACCUGAUGGCCCUUACUGGUGAACUUUGACCCCAGAGCAGGAAGCAUGGGAUGCCCUACCCCUCUGGAAUUCUGGGAGAAUAAACACAGAUCUUCACAUUGAGGGUCUAUUUAGAUAAAGCGAGCAUUUGUUUUUGUUUUUGUCUCUCCUUUUUAAUUUGUUGCCUUGUAUCUGUGAAUAUAAAUCUGUUUUAUAUGGGUUUGAGAGUUCAUUCCCUGCAGUGUGUAAUCCAGGUCUGUUCACAAUAAAGAUUCACAGCGCUGUUUACC